AUGGCUAUCGUCAGAUCAGGUCGCCUCGUCAAACUGAGGCGGACACAGCGGCCGACUUCUACAAAAAACGAGAAAGUUCGGCCCCGCGGCCGGGUCUUACAGUGUUCAAGGAGUGCACGCGAGUCGGCUCUCGCAAAAGACGGACAAUCCAGCACAUCCUUUACGCGUGUGCUGACGCUGUUGUGGAAGCGAUUUACCAAGCCCUUCCUGCCCCGCCGGUCCCUGCGCUUCUCGUUCAUACCGCCGGGUUUCGUGGGCUUCGAUCCCGAAGCUGAACAGAAGAAAACCCGUGCACUGCGCCGACAAGGCAGAAUUUGGGAGCUGCCGCCGACCAUUGAGCCUUAA